GACGAGACAGAGGAGCACGACGAGGGCUGCGAGAGGAUGGAGAAGGAGCGCGCGGCAGGCUGCUACCGGGCCUACGAGGGUCUCAAGCCUGCUAACAACGGCAACACCUCUUCUCUCAAGCGACCUGGACAGACACCCGUGGGCCCAACGCCCAACUCCCAGGUGCGCUGUCUUUGCUUCGGUAGCGUACCCGAGAAAGCCAGUCGGCACUCCUUUCUCAAGGGCUUCCUCGUUAAUCUGGCUAUAUGCGCCAUACUGGUCCUCUACACUCUCCUCGGCAGCUUCAUUUUUCUUUAUAUCGAGGGUCCGAGCGAGAUGCCCCAGCAGAGGUUUCUCGCCACUACAAUACCAGAUCAAGGUCACAACGCGGGAAGGAAGAACGUCAGCUGGCUCAUGCAGAUAAACGAAGCUCGAGCUCAUACUGUAGAAAAUUUAUGGAUUACCACUGAGAAAUUAAAUAUAUUAUACCAUGAAAAUUGGACCAGACUCGCAUCUGAAGAACUAGCUCGUUUUCAGGAACAAGUUGUCCGAACUUUAACAGAUAAUUUAGAGACUGUGAAACAUUCGAUAACUCGGGUAAACAAUGACAACGUUACUGAAAAGAAAUUGAUGGAUUACGAAUGGAAUUUUGCGAGAGCAUUCUUCUAUUCACUUACUGUACUCACUACGAUCGGUUAUGGUAGUAUUGCGCCACGCUCGACACUGGGCAAGGUAGUGACGAUGGGCUACGCAUUCGUGGGAAUCCCUCUAACGCUUAUCUACCUAUCGAGCGCCGGCGGACUCUUGUCAAGAUGCGCCCGGGGAGUCUUCACGAGGACUCUUUGCUGCUGCCUUUGCUCCAAUUGUGGCUACUGCUGCUACGACGAGAGGCGGAUGCAGGUGAGCGAAAAGGAAAGGCGCAUGAAGAAGAGGCGGCAACAGGAGGAGCUUGCCCAGCAACAGCAGCAGCUGCAAUUGCAGGAGCCAUUCUAUGUGAGGGCGAACGCCUCGGCGUAUUCGAAUUCGAUCGAGAUCAAGGCUAGUCCUAAGGACGAAGUGUCAAGCCUCAGCUCCGGCGAUCGACCGAACGUCACGAUACUCGCACCGAUUAGCAUCUGUCUCGGUGCCAUGUUCUGCUAUAUUAUUGCCGGGGCGUUCACCCUUCACAAACUCGAAGACUGGACUUUUACAGAUGCCAGCUACUUUUGCUUCAUGAGCCUCAGUACGAUCGGCUUUGGUAAUAUGGUGCCGGGCUCGUAUCCGAGCUACAACACCCUCGAGGCGCGCAACGUCACGGUUUGGUUCUGCUCGUGCUACAUAAUGUCGGGCAUGGCUCUAACGGCCAUGUGCUUCAAUAUCCUGCACGACGAGAUCGUGCACAGGCUGUCGCAUCAGUCGGAGAAGCAGGAGCCGGCGAAGACGAGCUCGAACGUCGACGAGCUGUCCGGCGAGCCCUUCGCUAUGACCUCGUGACA